GCUCCCCAGACAAUACUUGUUUUGUAAUUGGAUAUUUUAGGCCACAGUGGGAGUGGCUUAGCCACAGGGAGUGCAUUCUGCGCAUCACACCCCCUCCAGCUGUCAGACAUAAAGGUUCAGAGACCAGACACACCUUGUACACAGUCUCCCUGACAGCUGCUCUACAUCAUUGCAGAUUCAGCCCAGAGCUACAAAUACACCUCAAUCCUCAUCACAUCUCCUGCAAGCAGCAGAUCCAGGCAACAUGGAGUCCAAAGGAGCUGACUCAAAGAAGGAGGUAAAAAAAGAUGGUCAUGGACAUAGUCAUCAUGAAGGACACUGUAAAGAACACAAGGGGGAACAUAAACAUCACAGCUCCAGUGAUUCUAGUUGCAGCUCAAGUGAUGGUGAAGGAAAGCACCAUGGAGAAGGCCACGAGCAUAAGAAAAAGGAUAAGAAACUGCAUAAGGAAAAGAAGCCCAAGGACAAAGAGCAUAAAGAAAAGAAAGAAAAGAAAGAGAAAAAGGAAAAAUGUGAGAAGAAACCCUAAUCUGAAUGUUUACAUUGAUAAAAAUGUUGUCUGUAUCCUACAAAUGUAAUGUUUUAAUAUAUUACUCAUACAUUUUUUAUGUACAAUAAAAUAAAUUACAAUUUC